UGCGCUUGCGCGUGCGCGUCGGGCGGGCGGCGGCCGACGGGCCGCGGGGCUUCCCUCCGCGCAGCAUGAGGACGAGCGAGGAGCCCCGGGGGGAGCGCGCCGAGGGGGCGCGGAAGCUGGGGCUCUGCGUCCUCUGCGGCCUCCCCGCGGCAGGGAAGUCCACGCUCGCGCGGGCGCUCGCCCACCGGCUCCGACUGGAACUGGGCUGGGACGUGGGCGUCGUCGCGUAUGAUGACGUCAUGCCGGAGGCGGUCCCGGAGGAGGCGGGCGCGCGCCCAUUGCCGGCCCGGUGGAAGCGUCUCCGGCAGGAGCUGCUGGCGUACCUGGAGUCCCUCCUGGGCGCAGUCACCAGCGGGGCCCCUCUGGCUGCCCCGCCCCAGACGACCGAGGCCAUGUGGGCAGAUUUUGUCGCUUGCUUAAAGAACCAGGACCUGCUGCCCGCCCAGGCGCCGGACGCCCCGUCUCGCUGCCCCUUGUCGCAGGCCGCGGGCUCCAGGCCCCUGCUGCUGAUUUUAGACGACAACUUCUACUACCAAAGUAUGAGAUACGAAGUCUACCAGCUGGCUCGGAAAUAUUCCUCGGGCUUCUGCCAGCUCUUCCUCGACUGCCCGCUGGAGACCUGCCUGGCGAGGAACGCGCAGAGGGCCCGGCCCGUGCCCGCCGAGACCCUGCGCCAGAUGGCCGGGAAGCUGGAGAGGCCGGACCCCGAGAGGAACGCGUGGGAGCGCCUCAGCCUCAGCGUCCCGAGCACAGAGGGCACCUCCCGAGACAGCCAGAAACUCACUGACCUGCUGCGGGCCGCCUUGGACGACCCCGUAAAGGCCGCGGAGGACAACCUGGAGCAGAAGGAAGCGGACAGGGCCAUCUGUGCAGAGAACGCCCUCCACCAGGCCGACCAGGGCCUGCGGAGAGUCGUCUCCCAGACCAUGAAGGAAGCCAAAGGGCAGGGCAGAACCAGUGUGGAUUCCUGAACGCCUGACACGGAAGACCGCGCCUCCAGUAGACCAAGAGGUGGAAACUGGUGCUCCUGUUCAGCCUGGUUCCUGUGAUGAUACGAGCUGAAGAAGCAGCUUUUUGGGCCAUUGCUACACCAUGGCCUGCUUUAAUCCCUUCCGUACCCACCUUAAUAAUAAGACCAGAGUAGAAGUCCCCUCUAUUUUAUCAAAGAGUGGGUGGGGGUGGGAGUAGUACUAUCCUUAUUGCUUCUCGCUGCUUUGGUUUUUGCCUGGUGUCUAUAUAAAAUGCAGCAAGAACAACUAGCAACUUGGAAACAAUAAUCUCGCUCAGAACAAUCAGGUCUAGCUGGACGUAGCAAAAGGUAUUAUGCAGCUGAGAGCCCUUAACUGCAGGGGACCUCCUGUAGUUGAGGAGUUUGAAAGGGUGCACUAUACCCCACCUGACCCUUGGACCAACCUAAGACAGGGACCUACAAGCGAGAGGGCUCCCAAUGACAGGUAAGGCCAAGGGGGCCGAGGUCGCUACACAGACUUGUUGUUCUAAAACAAAACGGGGGAACUGUGGAGAGCCUCCAUGGGACCGUUUCUUGUUGGUUGCACCGUGCUUUGUGAACAACACCUGAUGGGGAAUCAGGAUGUCUUGUCACGCUCACAAGUUUUGGCUAGUUUAUCAGCUGCAGACGCUUGAGGGCAAACAAGCAGGGAGAGGUAGAUAAGGAGACACCUGCCUCUUGUCAGUGACUUUUUAGUCGCUGAGAGGCACGAUUUGGGCCAAUUGCUUGUUGAAGACAGCCGACAAAUUCGAGCCGGAGUGACAGAGCGUUUGGCUUGCAUGCAGCCAGUCCCCGGUGUCCCAUAUGGUCCCCUGGGCCCUGCCAGGAGUGAUUCCUGAACACGUAGCCAGGAAUAACCCCUGAGCACUGUUGGAUGUGCCCCAAACAAACAAAAAAGAAAAUAACCCAAAUAAUGUGAGAAAAACGCGGAGUAAGAGAUUGACAGCCGUGACCAAAUGGGCACUGGGUACCGGGGUGUGUCAGAUGGUCUACCAGCGCCUGCGGGCACAGGGAGGCCUUGCCAGGAAGCCCGGCCGGCCAGGUGCCGCUUAGAAGGGCGGGCUGAGGGUCGGUCUCCAGCCCCCUUCCCGGGCUGAGCGAGAAGCGAGAUGAAUCACCCGCCUCCCUCCCCGGUCUCCCACACAGCCCGGCUUCCCGGAGGCACGGGCCCCGUGCAAACGCCUCGGCGCCUUGGCUCAGCGCUGGGCGGUUCUCCUGAGCAGCCCGCGCCCCCACCCCCACCCCCCGCCCUGCCCUC